AGAGCACAGCCACGUUCCUGUUACGUUAGCUGAUCCAGAGACCACGGUUGCUCGAAACAAGCUAGCUGGGACAAGGAGGGCAAUGACACGGUCCAGUGGAGUAUUGGCUAUACGAUGGGGAAUACCAAGUAUUUUGGAUCGAUCAACUUCAUAAGACGUUAUUGAUUAAUGUACGGAGGCUUCCUUCCUGCAGUCUAGCUCUCCCGCAUGUACAGGCCAUGUACCACCAAUGACAAUUCCAAAGCAAAGUGAUCGAGAAGAAAACUGUUGUCCUCCCGAACGCGUCCCGGAUGCUGCAUGGCCUCGAACUCAAUGGGGAUUCAUUAUUGCUCUUGGAGAAAGGCUUCCAUGUCACUAGUUCGGAUGACUCCCAGCAAAUGGUUAACUACGCAAGACAAGUAAAACAGGAGAAACAAAUUGAAAACUGGGAAAUAUUACCAGCUAAUUGGUUAUCUCUAAGAGACGAUCUCCACGGGCUUGGAACAUUUGAUGCAGUGUUGUGUGUUUCAAGUUCCAUUAUCUGUCUCAUCGACAAAACACCAGAACUGGCCCUCUAUCGUCAGAGUUUCAAAAAUUUCAAAUCAAUGUUGAAACCUGGUGGCAUUCUCCUCAUCGACCAUAGGAACAUGGAUGCCGUCAUAGACCAAGGCGCACCGGUCAACAAGAACGUUUAUUACAAGCACGAUACCAUUGCUAAUAUGGAGUCCCAGCUUGUUACAAAUGGAGGAAACCCGUUUGCUGCAAAUAUCUCAUAUGAUAUGAUCCAGGAACACAGUGAUCGACAGGAUUCUCUUCCAUCCAAGGGGAUCGUUGAAAGAGUGACGAUCCCUUUGCAAGCGAUCCGGACGCAUAAAUUUUUAAGUCUUCUGAAAGAGAUUUUUGGGGAAGACUGUGAAUACGACACUUUUGCUGAUUUCAAGUCAUGUGAAGAGGUGGAUUCACCGGCGUAUUAUCAAUAUGUCUUCCGCAAAACAACAUAAAUCAAUUUACCUUGUGCGUUUGACUCAGUCUUAAACCUAUGUGGGCGCGUCGUGGUCUAGUGGUUCUGACUCUCGCCUUUCAAAACAGAGGGUCGUGAGUUAGAAUCCUAGCCACAGCGUGUUUUCCUUCAGCAAGAAAUUUAUCCACACUGUGCUGCUCUCGAUUCAGGUGAGGUAAAUGGGUACCGGCAGGAAGUAAUUCCUCAAAAAGCUGUGCGCACCAGAAUUGGUAGACUAGCUUAAUAGCCGGGGUAAUAUAGGAGCGCCUUGAACACCUAGCAAGGUGGAUACGUGCGCUAUACAAAUCCUAUAUUAUUAUUAUUAUUAUUAUUUCAUAGUAGAAAAUGGGUUGCAUUAAAAAUUUGGGACUGUAAAAAGGACACUUUAAAACAUCCUACAUAUUGGUAACUACACACAAGAAAGUUACGUUCACAUAUAUAUCACACCAUGUGAUGUUCAGACCAUGUCAUAAUACACAUGAGGAGUGGUGUCGUAUACAUGACGUAAAACACGAAAUCAAAAUACUUUUUUCAUGCAAAGCAUGCCUAAUCCACUGGUAAUUUUUACGCUAACAAUUAAUGCAAAAUCCAAUAUCAUACUUUCGAUAAAAUGCAUAUUAAAUUAUUUCAAUUUCAACACGUUUAACCCAUUAUGUGUUUUAUAUAUGUAAUACUUAAGACAGUCUAGAAGUUAAAAGAUAUUGAGAUGAAAACAAUUCUGCAUAUUCCAUGCAAACCUAAAAUUCAUAUUUUCUAUUAUUGUAUAAUUGUAUUUGAUUUUAAUAGCUCUUUAUGUUUAUGUAUCUAGUACGUUCUUGAAAGGACAAGUCUACCCCAACAAAAAGUUUAUUUGAAUGACAAGAGAAAAAUCCAACAAGCAUAACGAUGACGUACUGCAAAAACUCUGGUGUUGAUUUAACACCAGCCCGUAAUCUAUACAUGUCCACACCAGAAAAGUGUUAAACAACACUAGUUUCGUUUUGGUCUAACACCAGAUAGGUGUUUAUAUAACACCAAUUAGUAUCAAACAACAUCGGUUUGAUUCCAAACUGGUGUUGUUUCAAUACAUUUCUGGUGUGGACAUAUAUAGAUUCCGGGCUGGUGUUAAAUCAUCACCGGAGUUUUUGCAGUGCAAUUUCAUCAAAAUAGGAUGUAAAAUAAGAAAGUUAUUACAUUUUAAAGUUCCAGUUACUUUCACAAAACCGUUAUGUGCAUAUUCUGGUCGGUAUGCAAAUGAGGAGACGUAUGAUGUCAUCCACUCACCAUUCUUUAUAUUUUGUUAUAUGAAAUAUGAAUUAUUCUAAUUUUCUCCUCAAUUUCAAGUGAAACAAUAUUUAUUUCCUCCCUAAAAAUUAGAAAUUAGCAUUGUUUAAUACUAUAUGGUUCAGUCAAGUGGGCCAUUAUUGUCCAAUCUGUAAAAAAUGAAAUGUUGUAUAAUUUAAACAAUAAAAAACAAAAGAAAUAGUGAGUGAUGGACAUCAUCGACUGACUCAUUUGUAUGUCGCUGAGUUGUGCAUAUCUUUGUUUUGUGGAAAAUAAGCCAUUGAAAGCCUUUGAAAUGCUAUAACUUUCUUAAUUUACAUCCGAUUUUGAUGACAUUUUCAACGUAAUGCUAGUUUGAUUUUUCUCUAUUUUUUAAAUCAACAUUUUCCGGGGUGGACUUGACCUUGAAGCGCCAUGAGCACCAAUGGGUGGAUCUGUACCCUUUAUCAGCAGUCACUAUAAUUAUCAUCAGUAUUAAUAUCAUUAUUUAAAUGAAAAUACACUGUAGGAACUAAAUGUGCUUACAUCCAUGCAUCAUUUAACUUUAAUGAGCAAUUGUCUGAUUAAAAUCCCUUAAAAUAGUUUUCAUUGAAAAGUUACAUGAAAACGUAAGUUAAAAAAAACAGUUUUCCCCCGUUUGCUUAUGAUAGCUGUCCACUGAAUUUUAAUUUUUUCAAGUGUUAUCGCUUGUUUGUAUGUAAAUUACGUCUACUAUCUAUCAUAAUUAUGUAACCGUCACAAUUAGUAAUAUCAUUUUGUAUGUUUUAAUAUGCAUAACAAUAAAUGUGAUUAAUGUGUUAAAUAUCAAUAAAUACAGAAACACUUUGUUAAGAAUGGUUAUCAAUAUGUAAAAUUUUAGUAUUAUUUAUUUCCGAGUUUAGUUUUUAGCUAUUAAAAGCUAAUGGAGGCAUCGAAACCCAUAGUUUAACUUAGAAUUUCGAAAUUGGACAGAGUAUGUUUGUUUUUUAAUUUGCGAUCACACAUCCUGUACAAGGCUAACAAAUAAUUUCAUCACGGCCUUCGAAGCUUAGAUCUUCAAAUGAAGAGUUUAGUUGCAAAAGGGGUUAUGUACACUUUGGAUCAUUUCGAGAAAAACCGUGUUUUUCAUUCUCACUUACUGCAAUAUUCUUAUGAGAAACUAAACUGUCAUUAUGUACUACCCUAUAAUUAUGUAUCUGAGUAAUAUUUCACCCUGUAAUAGUGUUAUAUUUUGUGUAUUAUGCAUUCAUAUUGGAGAUAUUCUGUUUAUGUCCAACUUAUCAUUUGAUUACAAUUCGUAAUUAUUUGUAUAAACUUAACUUUUUUGUAUUAUCACCUGGUAAUAAUUACGAUUAUUAUGUUUUAUGUAUUAUUUAUGUACAUGUAUACUAAGAUUGGGUGCCUUUAACUUUGUACAUUUUAUUCAUGGCAUGGCCCCAAUGCAAAUCAGACUCUGUAUCUGUUUGGGUUUUUUACCGUGUGAAAAUAAAAUUUAUCUAUCUAUCUAUCAUGUGAACAUGAAAUUGGGUA